AUGUCCGUAGGCGGACUGGUGACUCCCCGGCCCAGGCCGGUGCAGUUGUCUCUCUUGAUAGAAUUUAUGUGCCAGAAAACUUACACAGAUUUGAUGCGCUUGGUUGAUCUGCUGCCGAGCAAGACAGACCUUGAGAAGAAAAUCGAAUUAGCGAAAUUCUUCAGUCGAACAAGGAAUCUCUUUAUUCGGCUGGAGGCACUUACCAAGUGGGCUAAUACUUCAUCGAAAGUGGACAAGUGUGAGAAAAUUUCGAAUUUUCUUGAGGAACAGAGCAUGCUUCUCCUUGAUACAGCCAACAUCUUGUCGGUCCUGCAUCAAAAUCAUCUAAUUUCUGCCCGUCUACCUCCUUUUGCUAUGCUGUUGGCGAUCGAUAUUUUUGUUAACAAGACGUACACACGCUUGCCAAAAGCAAUUAAAGUUCGUUUCACUCCUCCUGAACCUAUAUCAAAUGAGGAGAUUAGGAUGGGAUUGCCAGAUUUGAAUAGGAUAAUAAAAUAUCGACUCAGUGUGUCUCCAUGUCCGAGGCGUUUUACUAGCAUUGUCAUCGAACAUGGGAGGGUAAUUUUCACUGUGCCACACGAGUUUGAGGUCACUCUGACACUGCUCUCAGAGGCACUUGAUUUUCCUUGGAGUAUAAUCGGCAUCAAAUUUCUUGUUUCUGAUCCGAGUAGAAGUUCUAGUGGGCCUCUCAUUCAUCCGCAGCAGACUCGGUUCUUGUUGCAACAUGCUCAAUCUCGUAUUCUUGAUCCACGUUUUGAUAAGCGUCCUCCCCUCACCCAUCUCUAUGACAUGCUUCACGCUUUCGCAAUGUCUCUACAAUUGGAUGUACUCUUUGAACAGGCCCAGCGUUUGAGGUCCAGGCGGCCGACGGACCCAUUUAGCAUUGAGGACUAUCGUCCGGGGCAGUUACUCAAGGUUGUCUAUUGGCGUGGUUUGUCAAAUUGCAACUACCAGGCAGUAAUGGGUCCAGACGGUAAAAUGCGUCAGACCAUCUAUUCAAUCGUUAUCCACGUGAGUCCAUUGGACCCUCAGCGACCUCUUUGUGUAACUCAUCAUCCCGAUUUAAACACCAUCGAUGCACACAAAAUUGGCUCCUUCGUUCAAGGUGGUUGUCUCUCAAUCGAGAACCUUUUAACACGUACAAUCAUAGUCCGAGCUGAAAGAAUGCUUACGGAGAUCAAACACGAACUCCUACCCCUUUCUCCUGGUCCAAUAACAAUUGGUGAAAUACCGCUGUCUCUCUCGGUACCCGUGCUCUGGCCUUGUCAUCCUCACGAAAUCCUCCAACUACGAAUCAACACUGCACAGGGUCAAGUUCGUGCCUCAUUUCCUUCCUCUGAUCCUAUCCGCAGCGCUCCCCUUCUUCGUGAGCUUGAACUGGCUUUUAACCGUCCCUCAGCACGUCGGGUCGCCCUAGAUCGCACCUCUGCUAUUGAUUGCCGCGCCGGUAGUCGUGGUAUACGAGGCCUUGUUGGAGAUGAUACGCGUUGGCAGGCACGAUUGGUGGAGGUAUUUUCGCGUCUUCGUUGCCUUCUCGGUCAAUGGAGAGUAAGAUGGGCGAAUAGAGGGCGCUUGGUACGAUAUUCACUACCAUUAUCAGUUUCUCCACCCUCUUCCACCGCCCCGCAACCAGGCUACGUAGAGGUACUAGAACGAGCAAGACAAGAUCGGGUCGCUCUAGCGUUCAUUAAGCUUUUUCCCAAUGAUGAAUACUAUCUUUUGUGUGAGGUAGCGCCGACAGAUGCACUGGCAGUGGGGUAUCGGCACUACCUCCUCAAGUGUGUUCCCGUGCCAAUUACGGUCACAGAUCUGCAUGUGGCUCCUGGAGGUCGGUGGUUGACACACAAUUCUGAGCAGUCAGCAAUGGACGGUGCUGGAGUUACGGCAUCACCAGGAGUGGCUCUGAGAAUAACCCACUUUAUGCCCCUAAUUGGUGAGGAGACAUUUGCGAAUUUGGUUGGGCAGGCAGUCUACUCGUCCCUGAUUUUGCAACCAUCGCUUGAUGAACUGCGUGAAGCAGCAGCCCAGGUCCAGCGUAAUCAAGUGUGUCGGCGUUUGAAGCGUGUCCGUGCUCUCUUAGAACACCUCUCGGGGAAUGAAGAAAGCAGUUCGGCAAGCGAAGCUAAGCGUCGGUGUAUGGAGCGCCUGCAGCCAAACGAGAGAGCGAUGCUUCUGUCGGCUACUGACCGUUUCACCACUACGUCUUCGUCCACAGUGCUGAUGCCAGAUCUGUCUCGCCUUCUUGCUGCUCUGGAGAAUGAUGUGAUUGCCAAUGAGCUCAAUGUGAAGCUGGCAGAACACGGGAUUACUCACUACGGUGUUGUUAAUAAUGCUCAAAGUGACAUCCUGAAUAUUAAUAUCCGAAGCAUUCCUACUAAGCGACUCCCAACCUGGGCACGUCCCGGUAUCGCACUCCUCCAUCACUAUGCUAGGCGCGUGGUAAUCAUUAGCUCCUCUCGUCUUUCAUCCUCCACUCCCGCCUCCGCCGCGUCUGCCUCUGCUUCAAUGCGUUGUUGGCGUCUUACUAUUGCCUUCUCCGGUCUUCCAGGCAAUGUCAACGGUGGUGAACUGCUAUACCAAUCACCCAUGGCGCAAGUCAACAGUUUGUCCGACCUGAAUUCUUUUCUCCUAAGCGUCAUAACUGAAUGGGAAGCCCUUUGUCGCUUGUUUGCUAUCUGCGGACCAGUUAUUGAGAAUCCUGCGUCUUUACCGCCUGAUGUGGGGUUAAAUGGCUUUGAUGCGAAGAGUUUGAUCUUGGCUUAUGGACCGGGUCAGCAUUAUCUGGCUGAAUUGACUAUUGACUCUCGUCAGAACUGCUGUCUUCGACUUGGUGUGCAUCCAGGUCCUGUCACUUUGAAGCAUGAUGGCUGUGCUGACGACGCAUUAAAGCAGCGGUGCCAACGACAAAGACAGCGCGACCUUUUCGAAAAUCCACAUUGCAUUGUGCGUGAGCAUCUGGAGUUCCUAAUUGAGAGCCAGAAGUCUCUUUUACCAAUGUGUUCGGCUUUCUCCAUGCUUAGACGAUUUUCUCCCAAUCAGGUCCUAUCUUCUACGCUUGACUUUAUGAUGUCAAUGGAGGUCCUGCGGAAACCCACCAUCAUGACAAAUUCUGCGAAGUCAUCGGCAAUUGUGAAAUCAUCUCGUCCUAUCCGGAGUAUGGCUCUGAUAGCGCUCUCCUGUUUUGACCUACUACUUGCCUAUCGUGGUACGCUGUGCAUGCGUUUCAAACUUAAGACUGACCAAGCCGCAACUGUUCUCAUCUCCGACGGCUGCCAUCAUCAAGAGGUUGGUGGUGCACCACCACAGAGUCGAGGGGGUGGGAUUUCCAGCGAGAUAUAUCCCGUACAAGGUUUUGUACCGCUUCCUGCAUUCCAGCUCUUCCUGGAGUCGAUGCAAAAGGCCCUCAAGAUGGAAGGUAGAGGUGAGAACCCCUCUGGUGGUUUCACGAUGCUCCAAUUGGACCGAAUUCUUCGUCCAUCAGGAGGAGGCAUCAAUGGGCCCGUCUCUCCUUCUGCCCUGGAGUGUUAUCUUUCCGCUAGCCUGACUUUCCAUGCUGCCUUCCAGGCGGUUAACACACAUCGUUGGCAAGUUCCCUCUGCUCCUGCUCUUGAAGUGGGAGAAUUCGUUGCAAAGGCACCUGACUCGGGGCUAGAGGUGCGAUUGAAGAUGGAGGAGGAGGCGACGGCGAUGAUGGCCGGUGUGCCACGCUGGCGUCUUGUUCUUAGGGUCACGCCAGAUCCUGUGUCAUGUUCGGUGGAAGGAGUUACGGAAAUGGGUGCGAGGAUUGAGGAGUUCUUCCGCAGAAGGGUUUGUUCAGUCUCGCCCCAAGCGGCAGCCAUAACAUCUUUUUUCCGCCUUCUCUCCGUCCCUGGUUCGACCCUCUUUGAUCUUGUCUCUAAUGUCUUUGCCUGGGAUUUGGACUCCGCAAGCGGUGUCAACAAUGGUCUCCCUAUUUUCCGCAUUGGUCUCGUCUCUCUUGCCACACCAGCUGUCCCCGAGCCUUCUGUCGUUCUUCGUUCACCCAGCUAUCUUGCCAUGCAAGUCAUCAUCCCUCGCGCAUCUGCUUUCAACGAACAAUCCUCCCCCUCGGGUUUAUUGCGUGCCUCCAGUGUGGAAGUAGUUGGCUUGACAUAUGACUGGUCGAAGAAUCAUGUGGCGAUUGUAGCAUCCAAGAGGUUCCAGGGUCUCGACGAAAUAAUCAACCAACGCUUCAAGGCCACAAGAGCUUGCACGCUGGUGCAGCUUAUCUCGCACAUGCGCAAGAACCAACUACAACAGGGAAUGCCGAUGCAGCAGCAGGCUCAAGUGCAGCAAUAA